CGCAAUGCGGCUACUUCCACUUUAAUAACGCAGUAGCGAUUUUCACAAAAUUACUCACAAGUGUAGGAAAAAUCCAUAUACCCCAACUGCAAGUUGAUAACCUUCUUUAAGCCAUUGUUGUUGCUGUAGUCAUUCCACUAUAAUACCCUAGCUGUAUUGGUAGUUUAAAGGCAAGGGACGGUGCCCUAGCGUGCCGGGGCGUCAGGGGGGGCGGCCAUGAACCAGCCAGAUCGCUAUGUCAACUUUGUUCUCCCAGAGGGAGAGCGAAAAGUCACAUACAAGGCGGAUACCAAGCUAAAGGAUGCGGGGACGUUUUCGUUUCGGUCAGAAGACCACACCAUCGGCAACUUGCUGAGGAUGCAGCUGCACUCUGACAAGUCUACCGUCUUCGCUGGCUACCGGAUACCACACCCGCUGGAGGCAGUGAUGGUCGUGAAGGUGCAGACCAAUGGGACCAAGUCACCCGAGGACGCCAUGGUGCACGCGCUGCAGGACUUGGGCAGCGAGUUCGGGCACAUGCUCAACGAGUUUGACAGAGAGCUGGAGAUGUCGCGUAUGCAGAACCCUGGCCACUAGCAAAAUGCAGGGAUGCUGCAUGCAAUUCAUGGUCCUGGACAGGUGUUGUCCUGACAUGUCUAGUGACUGGAGAAGUUUGUUUAAGAGAACGUAUGAUGAGAGAAACAUUCAUUCCCUGCAGUGCAGUGGCUAAUGGCGGUAGUUACCAAGGCCGUUCACUGAUCAGUUCAGUGCAGGGCGCGUUGUGAUUUCGUAACAAAUGACAUUUGCAAUCGAAUGAAACUGUAUGAACUUAAUGCGAACUAGUCAUUCCCAUGAAUGUAACGUAUGAAGCCGACGGUCUUCCGAGGACCUUUCCUCUUAGCGCGUUACAGUUUCCUUUACAGUUAGGUAUCUUAAAAUCCCAGCAAGGUAGCGCGGCCCCAUGCCUGCGCCUGCUGCGAUUACCCUUGGCUCCAGCGGAAGACGUCAUUGUAAUAUGCAGCAGCCGCAUCAUCGAGCUGCACGUCCAGACUCCUGGAGAUUCAGCACCAUCCUACGCACAGACAUUGCGGGGGACGCCUUACAAAGCAGCAGCUUCAGCCGAUGCGGCGACUCCUCACGGGCGUAAUGGCGGACCAUCCAUGGAUGCUGCGGCGUUCCUCGCCCGCAUUCCUGUUCGCCAAGCCUACCCCGACUGGCAGGUCCUUCAGCUGCGCUUCCCAUCGACAUCUGCAUCUCGUGCGCUAGCCGCCACGGCUCCCGCCGGCGAUAUCAAUCCUGCAAGCAGCAGCAGCAGCGGUAGCAGUAGCGCCGCCAGCGGCUGUUGCUACGUGUACGGCAUACAGCUGCUGGCGGAUGCUGCUGCAACAGCAGCAGCAGCUACAACGGCAGCCAACCCAGCGCAUGCAUCAGCUGCAGCGACGCCAGCAGCUGCGGCAGGUGUUGCGGAAACGUCAGCGGCAUCCCCCCGGCCAUGCUGCGGCACCCCCGCCGCAGCCUCCGCCUCCUCCUUUGGCUGCGGCUGCGAUGGUGGCUUCAGCGGCGAUGGCAGCAGUAGCGGCGAUGGCGGAGGUGAGGGUGCUGCUGCGGGGCGCCUGUUGCAGCCGGUGGUGGGCGGCGAUCCGAGUGCUGCCGGGUUCCUGCCGCAGCACUGCUCGCCGUUGGACGGCAUGGGUGACGGGGCGGCGACUGGAGCGGGAAAGAACGAGGGAAGGGAAGUGGAGAUCGUGGCGGCAAUGUCAGGUGCAGCAGUAGCAAUGACAGCAGGUGCUCUCACGGUGGGACCGGAUUAUAGUGACGACGGCGGCGGCGGUACGGCAGCACCAGCUGCUGCGGGUUCCCAGUCGCAGCAGCUGCGGGAGCUGCUCCGGCGAGCGGCUUUAGGGAUGAGUGGCAGUAGCAGUAGUGCUGAGGUGGGGAAGGAGGGGCAGGGGCAUGGGGCUGCGGCUGCCGCCAACCUCAGUCUGGCCGCCACCCUGGCUCGAUCCCUGCUGUCGGCGCAGCAAGCCAGCCAACACCAGCAGCAACAGCUACAGCAGCAGCUGUACCAACAACAUGCUUCCCAGCCGUCGCUGCAGGCCGCUCCGCCUGCAACAACAGCUGCUGCUGCACCUUUCUUGCCUCAGCCAUCCUCCUCCCCGCCUUCCUUGCCGCCGCCUCCUCCUCCGCAAGGCCUACCACCACCACCGGCGCUGCCGCCGCUGUCUGCCCCUCUCCUCCCCCCCUCCGGCCUCCCCGGUCUGCCGGGGUGGCUGGCGGCCGCCGCGGGGCAGCUGGCGGAGGUGAGUGCCCGCGUGAGGCGCCUGGAGGAGCACCUGGUGGGGGCCUCCGCCGGGGCAGAGAGGAAUGAGCAUCCCAUUGACAGCGGAACCGCAGUGGGG